AUGCAAGAAAUGCCUAAAUGUCUUUGUCCAAAAUGCCAACCAAUAGGUGGCAAGUUUUUAUCCUGGAGAACUUGGCGACAGCAUCAGAAGAAUAAAAAUAUUCACAAUAUGUCAACAAAUUCACUAUCUAAUCCUAUUCAACAUAUUUCAACUUCUUCAGCAAAACAAGCCACCAUAACAUUCAAUACAUUGAAUUAUUAUUUUUUUGAUGAUCAAAAUGAAACAAAUUUCGAUGUUGCGAAGUUAAAUAUAAUGGAAUCAUCUUCAGUAAAAAAUAAUUCACUAUCUCAAGAAUGUAGUAAGUCAACAACAAAUAGGAGUUCAUGUCGCAAAUCAAAAAAAUUACCAGUAAUGCAAUUAGAUAAUUUGCCAAUGAAUGAUUAUAAUCAAAGUGAAUUUGAUAAUAACUUUAAUCAAAGCGAGCAUGACAAUAAUUCCAAUCGAAGUGAGGAUAAUAAUUCUGAACAAAGUAAUGAUAUUAUUCAAAGUAUUGAGGAAGAAAUUGAUGAGGAAUCUGAUGAAGAUUAUAAUGAAAUUACACCAUCUUUAUCAAAUAUUAAUAAUUUAAAUAUCUUCCCAAAACCAUUAUAUAAUCCAAUACAUCUUUUAUAUAAUCCUCCACUAAAAAUUUGGAAAGAAUUUUUAGAUGAAAAAGAAUAUCCAUUCUUUGUUGAAGAUAGUGCUGAUGUUCGAAUUGGAUUAGCUUUUAAUCUUGAUUGA